AUGAUUGUACUUGGAAAAAAGCGUCCAUUUAAUGGCCAGCUGAAUCCGCUGCACAGUUUUCAUGUCCUGGCGACCCCGCCGGCCUCUCCUUGCGCAGGAGACUCAACUCUCUGGACGCCGCACGAUGGCCUUCCCAUAGACAUCUCUGCAACCUCUGGAGCCCCUGCACAGGUCUCUGCGAGCCCAGAUGGCCACAACCCAAAGACGCCUCCCCCCGACCUGCCGUCGCUUCUCCUGGACAGCCGGAUAUGCUACCUAGGCAUGCCACUGGUACCUGCAGUCACGGAGCUCAUCAUUGGGGAGCUCCUGUAUCUGCAGUACAGAGACACAGUGAAGCCAAUCUACAUGUAUAUAAACUCUUCAGGGACGACACGGGCUGACGGAGAGACCGUGGGAUUUGAGACGGAAGGGACGGCGAUAUUUGACACGAUGUGCUAUGUCAAGAACGAGGUGCAGACUGUGGGUGUGGGAGUCGCAAUUGGGCAAUCUUGCAUGCUGCUCUCAGCAGGGGCUAGGGGCAAGAGGUUCAUGCUCCCACAUGCAACAGCCAUGCUGCACCAGCCACGAGUGCCACCUACUGGCCAGAGGCAGGCCAUCGAGAUCCAAAUCAAGUGGAGGGAAGUCCUUGCCCAGAAGCAGGCGCUGCUGAACAUUCUACACCACACAACGGGGCACUCCAUGGAAAAGCUGGACAAGGACAUGCAGCGGCCUCUCUACAUGCAACCCGCAGACGCCCUGGAGUAUGGAAUCGUUGAUCACAUAGUGAAGUCUGAGAAAGAUGUUGGGGGGGCCAUGAUUGACGAGGUGAAGAGUGGGAGCCAAUGGGACAAAGAGGCGGGAUUGGUCAGCAGACCGGUUCCCUCUUAG